AUGGUGGACGACCUGACCGAAGCGGCGAGAUCAGUUGGACUGGAAGUGAACGCCAACAAAACCAACUGGAUGUCCACCAACUCUACUGGACAGACUUUAAUGGUCAACGGCGUGGAAUUGGGGUUAGUACAGUCACUUGUGUACUUAGGCCAAAUUAUACACCUUCCAAGAGACCACGGUGCAGAAGUAAAUAGGCGAGUAAGCUCGGCGUGGAAUGUCUACCGAAAAGUCCGCAGCCUAAUGCGAAGCCGGAUGACGCCCAUGGCUACGAAACGCAAGUCCUGGCAUGUUUGUGUCCUACCAGCUUUUUUGUACGGAUCUGAAGCUUGGGCACUGACGAAAUCGUCCGAAACAAAGCUGGUCAGAUGCCAAAGACGAAUGGAAAGGCAUAUGCUAUGCCACCGACUUGUCGAUCGUGUGCCGAACGCGACGAUUCGAGACCGAACCAAGUUGAAAGACGUGAUUCAAGAAGCUCGAAAGAGGAAGUGGAAAUUUGCGAAGAAGAUUGUGGAAGGAGACCAGGAAAGAUGGGAAGCACGGCUUCUGAACUGGAAGCCCGAUACCAAAAGGCCGCUGGGAAGACCAAGAACGCGAAGACGACUUCAAGAACUUCUACAAGUUUAACAUAG